AUGGCUAUCACGAAGAAAUGGGCAACUGAUGGACCGUUCAAGCUACUUUCCACGCCAAGAGCGGCUCUCAAGGGAGCACCUGAAUCGAAAGCCAGUAAAAAUGCCUCCGAGAUGGCGCUUGUACACAACGUCCUUCUCCGCGGCUUGAAUUCAAUCUAUCUUCAAGCACCCAAUGUCAAAGAUCCCAUGGACAUCAUGGAUUUCAUGGUGUUCUCUGAUUGUUGGUCGCGAGUUCUCCAUGCCCAUCACCUUACGGAAGAGACCGUGUAUUUCCCAUUACUUGAACAGCAGAGUAGCCAGAAGGGCGUUAUGGAAACCAACCAUAACGAGCAUGAAGCCUUUCUCCCAGGCUUGGUAGCCUUCGAUAACUUUGUUUCGGCGGCAGCAGACGACUUCGUGUUAUACGACCCCGCUAAAUUCAUCAAGUUGAUCGAUGACAUGGGGCCUCCGUUGGAAAAACAUCUGCACCAUGAGGUCAAGGUGCUUGUGGAUUUGGAAAAGGAUGAGGCUAUUGACUGGGACCUUAUGGGCAAGACUAUGGCUGCGGAGUCGAAGAAAACUGCAGACAGAAUUCGCGAAGUCCCCUUUAUGAUAACGAAUUCUGAUGUAACGUAUGAGGGAGGGAUCCAUGGGGAACGGUUCCCCCCCUUUCCUUGGUUUGUUGGUCAGAUUUUCCGCUGGAUUUAUGUCCCACGACUAUGUGCGGCGUGGAAAUUUUCUUGUUGUGAUGACUAUGGAUUGCCAAAAGAUUUAGCAUUUGUUUGA